CAGCAAACUCUUUCACCUCGGCAUUCAGGCACACAAACGUGAAAACACAAAAAGAGUCACAGAUAAAGGCGCAGGAACGACAAAUAUCACUGCAUGAAUGCUACAUUACGGAGUGCUCUGCCUAUCGUCACGUAGUACUCGCCGCGCACACAGACUGUAGUAGCCACUAAGCUACCAACAGCAAUUCGCGGCCACUGACAUGCAUCCACGAAAAAUACAGCCUCUACAGUGUCGAAUACAACGUCAUUGCUAGUGUUCUAGUGCGCCACUGCUUCGAUGACACGACGAAAUGCCCGAUUCUUGCGCCGUCAGGCACUCUGGCUUGGACGGAAGCUGCCACUGUUGAGGGCUCCACACGCAGCUCCAUACCAUGCAGCCCUCUACCUCGACCGGUCAUGUGCUGGAUACGGUAUGAGAGGCCGGUGAGGAUGUAGCCGCCAGCGUCCUCAACAGUAUCAGGUACUGAAGGCAUACACACAAAAAGACGGACGCACACACAUCACGAGGACCAACAGAAGGUAUGUCUAUCUUGCUCACCCUUCGUAGUGAAACUCAAGACGCUGGCACCUGUCACGGCGAGUAUCGCCGGGAAGCUGGCAGCGGACUGAGCGAGCUGUGUGAGAUCGACCGCCUCCCCCAUAUACACAUUCUCCACCUGCCUCUCCCUCCCCAAAGCCCCCAACACAGCCACCGCCUCAGCACCCGGAACAGAGAGGAUGUCCAUACGACGAACGCGACUUGGCAUCUUGUCGGCCAGCAGUCGGCCCGCAGCACCACCCAAUUUGCUCGAGACUCUCAGCUCUCUGGCUUUUGGGAACGGCAGCAGGUGAGCGAUGACGAAGGGGACGGGUGACGCGCUGACGGCUGGGGCCGUGAAGUCACGAGCAUCUUUGACCAACACCCUGUUGGCGUUGUCGAAUGAGAGUGUCUUGGCGACUCCGACGGCUGCCUGGCUGGGGUCAUCGAUGGGGUGCGUGAGGUCGUUGUCUGUGAAUAUAUACGACAGGCAUUUCGGCUGUCGUGCCAGCGACUGGAUGGCGGUCUUGAAGAGAGGUGAGGGGUGGUCGGAAAGUCGUCGCUGUAGAAGAGGGACAGGUCGAAUGUGUCGUCAUCGUUGGGCCCUGGGUAGGGGUCUCCCUCUUCCCACCCGAACGUGCCGAAAACUCGGUUGAAAGUCACCGGUGCGUCAGGCCGGCAGCACGCCGCAACCAGGGGCUCGAGAGCGUUAAGGAGGGGCAAGAGGGCACGGUCGACCGGCUGAUGCGAGGGCACUUCCACACGGAGACUCGUGAUUGACUGGCGACAGCCACGCGACACAAGGGCAACCUGAAGAGACGACAAGGCAGACACAUCAACCGGUUAUCUCACUAAGCUAGCCGCACUUUCCUGUAUGUCACACCUGAAGCCGGCCCAGUGCUGUCACGGUCUGCGCCGGCUUGAGGUGUCAUGGCGGGAAUCCCGAUUGAGGAUCAUUG